AUGAAGAAUAUGCAAUUAUCAUACGAUGAACUCUGCUAAAAUAAAUUGUUGGCCUUUACUAUAUUUUCUAAAGUAAAAGCCCCCUCGCCAUUAAUUGAAUAAAGUGAUACAGCUGAAUUUAAAUUGGCAUUACAAGAGCAUAGAUCAAGAGCUUCAACCACUCUCUAUUUGUCAGUGCUUUCUACUUUUACUUUUUGCUUACUAUUGAAAAUGAGAAAUCCAAUUUAUGCAUUGACAGCAAGAUCAUCAUUCUUCGGAGUUAUGAAAAAAUACUACUUCGUUCCUGUUUUAAUGUCACAACCAUUCUAAAAACAGAAUAGACAACUUUACGAUGAGAAGGUGAAUAAGAUCUUGAAAAAAUAUGAUUUCACAGCUCCUGAAUUUUAAUAGGCCUUUAAAUAAAUCGAAGCUGAUGGAGGAUUAAAGAAAUUCAUGAAAAAGUACCUUACGGAGAAAGACGAAGAGCCAUAGCAACCCGUUUAGCAAACAUAAUAAUGAGAGAGAUGUUCAUUUAUUUAAUUUAUGUAAUUUCAGAGUAAAUAUAUAUAUAA